AGGUAUAAAAUAAGACCAUCUUAAAACCUACCUAAUGGCCCCUGUAUUAAUUGAGCUCUUGCUCAAAAUAGAAUACAGAAAUACAAGAGGCAUUUUCGUAACAUAUGGCUGCUAUGUAACUGCAGAUAUAACAAACAAGCUUACUUCCCUUUCUUCCCCCCUAAAGUUGAGAUGUGUCACUGCUGCACUGAGCUGAUGAAGAGGCUUGAGUACUCUCUCGGAGGCUCGGCUGUGACAGAAGCACUGCCACUGUCUACUGAAGCUGAUCCUAAGACACUCUUGUGCAGAGUUUAACACAUGCUGGACAGGGCACCUGCUUGCUGGAGCCAAGGCUACACGUUUCCUUAAUUCCAAGCCAUGAAUGAAUCCAGGUGGACUGAAUGGAGCAUCCUGAACGUGAGCAGUGGCAUUGAGAAUGUGUCUGAACGUCACUCCUGCCCACUUGGAUUUGGCUACUACGGUGCAGUGGAUGUGUGCAUCUUUGAGACCGUUGUUAUUGUCUUGUUGACAUUUCUAAUCAUUGCUGGGAAUUUAACAGUCAUCUUUGUCUUUCACUGUGCUCCACUCUUGCACCAUUAUACUACCAGCUAUUUUAUUCAGACAAUGGCAUAUGCUGAUCUUUUCGUUGGAGUUAGCUGCUUGGUUCCUACUCUCUCACUUCUUCACUACUCCACAGGUAUCCAUGAGUCAUUGACUUGCCAGGUUUUUGGAUAUAUCAUCUCAGUUCUAAAAAGUGUUUCUAUGGCAUGUCUUGCUUGUAUAAGUGUGGAUCGCUAUCUUGCAAUAACCAAGCCUCUUUCCUACAAUCAACUGGUCACCCCUUGUCGCCUGAGAAUUUGCAUUAUUUUAAUCUGGAUCUACUCUUGCCUCAUUUUCUUGCCGUCCUUUUUCGGCUGGGGGAAACCAGGGUACCAUGGUGACAUUUUUGAAUGGUGUGCCAUGUCUUGGCUCACCAGUGCCUAUUUUACUGGUUUUAUUGUUUGUUUACUUUAUGCUCCUGCUGCCUUUGUUGUCUGCUUCACUUACUUCCACAUUUUCAAAAUUUGCCGGCAGCACACCAAAGAGAUAAAUGACCGGAGGGCCCGAUUUCCUAGCCACGAGGUGGAUGCCUCUGGAGAGACUGGACACAGCCCUGACCGUCGCUACGCCAUGGUUUUGUUUCGGAUAACCAGUGUGUUUUACAUGCUGUGGCUCCCUUAUAUAAUUUACUUUCUUCUGGAAAGCUCCCGGGUCUUGGACAAUCCAACACUGUCUUUCCUAACAACCUGGCUUGCUAUAAGUAAUAGUUUUUGUAACUGUGUAAUCUAUAGCCUUUCCAACAGCGUUUUUCGGCUAGGCCUCCGAAGACUAUCUGAGACAAUGUGUACAUCUUGUAUGUGUGUGAAGGAUCAGGAAGCACGAGACCCCAAACCUAGGAAACGGGCUAAUUCCUGCUCCAUUUGAAGAGAACUGUAUAGUAAAUGAAAUGUAAUCUGAUAGGGGUUUUGGAUUGUAUUCUUGAUUUAUCUGGAGAUUUGCCACUAGAGAAAUAUUUACUUAAAUAGUUGACUAGGAGAUAAAGGGACUAAAGGUUUCUUUUUUUUUUUCCCCCCUCUUUUUUCCACAGUGGUCGUGGCGGGGAAACUAGAGAAAAGAAUGUAUAGAGGGUGAUCUCAUGAGAUAAUUAUAGUGUAUGAGUAUAAAUGUACAGUAAUAGCAAAAUUAAGCACUGAGGAUGAAAAAAAGUAUUGGAAAAAGUAUCUCCGAUCUUCCACAGGACAUGAGCAAAGCCCCUCGGCAUCUCUGUCUUCUUUGGCUGAGCUCUCUCCUCUGUCUUUGCCUCUCGUUCUGUCUGUCUCUGUCUCUCUCACUCUUUGUGGAAAUUACUUAAAUAAAUUGCCCUUUAUGGGAAAAUGCUGCAUAUUAUAUAUGUGGCAAAUACAAUUUUUUGCAUCAAAGUAUACUUUUAGACAUACUAAUUUGCAAUCCAUAAGUGGUUUCUCCAUGAAAGAUGCAUCGUAAGCAUUGUAUUUUAUUACCUGCCACAUAACCCUUUUGUUUUUAUAAAAUCCACAGUGCAAAAUUUCUGCUAUAAACAAAAAGAAAUAGUAUUUUUUUUCCUUCUGGGUAAAAUUGUGCUUAACCUCCUUCCCCCUUUCUGACAGCCAAUUUUUUUUCUCUCUUUUUUUUCUUGAUCUGCAUCCAAAAGUACCUUAAUCCAAAAGUGUCUUAGCUAAUGAAAGAAUCUACUAUAUAAAGCAAUCAUAAUGUUAUCUGUUCCUUCCAACAAAGCAAUCUAUAGCUUGAUUGAGAUAUUGUGUUAAAUAUUUUUAAUAGCUUUUGUAAACAUUUUUAUCUGUUUCUUUUUCAAUUAGCUAUGUGCCCAAAGUCGUUUUUUUUUUGUUGUUGUUGUUUGUUUGUUUGUUUGUUUGUUUUUGGCUGUAAUAAGGUUUUGUUUUUCUUUAAGAAAACCCACAAAUAAUUCUAGUGCAGCAUAGAAUAUUCACCCAGAAGUGAGAUAUUGAUUGCUCUUCAGGUCAUGCUUUUUUUUCUCCCUUAGGAGUAAAUACUAACCUUUUUGUGUUACGUCUGUGAAGCUUAGUGUUGUGUCCACCAAUCAUUUGUAUGAUAUGCAUUUGCAUAUACUAUAUUUUUUACAACAAAGAAAAUGUAAAUUAUAUUAUGUGAUCUGUGCCUAAUGUUUUCUUAGCACAAUAUAUAGAUCAAUGUUGCUUAAGUCAUCAACAUUGGAAAAAAUAUACAGGAACUUCUUUGAAGAGAAAAAUACUUUUGUGUAGUUGUUAUUUAGAUAUUUAUAUUAGACCAAGCUGCAUUCUUAGUACUGCUGAGAAUACAAUAUACUUAAUUAUCAAGUACAGGUAAGAGCUGUCAGUAUUUUCUUUUGUAAUCUGUUUUCAUACGCAAAGAUUAAAUUAACUUAUUUUUUAGUGUGCUACUUGGAAUUGUAUAAUAAAUUGUCAGGGGUUUAGAUGUAGCAAAGUGGCAUUUGGGGAAUUAGUAGUAAAGCAGGUGUGAGUGAUAAAACAUACAAAUCUUACUUUUUUACUAUAAGUUUCCUGCCUGACAGAUAUUUUAAAGUUUAUAUAAAACUACUGAGUAUUUUUCUUCUCAGCAUUUUGAUUUCUUUGUUUUACGAAAUGCAUUUAAUGAAAUGUGCCUAUGACUUCAAAUUGGAAGCCAGCUGUGUUUGCACACUAGUAGUUUGACUUCAGAGGUCCUUUAAGAGAAAUGUCAUCACUUUAUUGAGGUUGUUCUGAACCCAUGUAUAUUUUUAAACAUGUAAGAAAGGUUUAAAAUAAAGAAUAAAAUAGUAUUCUAUAUAUCAAAA